CAUAUUUCCCUCAAUUUACUUAAUACCAACUCAAUGCUUCCAUGGCCACAUCCCGACGCAUCUCCGAUAGUGGAGGGUUAGCCCGCAGUGGGGUUCUCGGAGUCAUACUCGGUCGACAUACGGAGGCUAACAAGAUACGUCGCAAUUCUUCUCACUUACACCAAAUUCUCCCCCAUCAAUUCAACGCCGUCCAUAGCCUUCAACAUGGCUAAUGAUCACAUCCUCACCCUGUCAUGCCCUGACAAGUCCGGCAUCGUCUAUGCCGUGACUGGCAUCUUUGCCGCCAACAAGCACAACAUUCUCGACCUCCAGCAGUUCUCCGAUCCCGUCUCCGAGCGCUUCUUCAUGCGUGUUCACUUUGGACCUACCGAGACCGAGUCCACCGAGCACCUCGUCGAGGCUUUCGAUAAGCUCGCUGCCGAGUACAAGAUGGACUACGAUAUCCGCCCCGUCGCCCGCAAGACCCGCGUUCUCAUCAUGGUCUCCAAGAUCGGCCACUGUCUGAACGACCUCCUCUUCCGCAUGAAGACCGGCCAGCUGCGCAUGGAAGUCCCCGUCAUCGUGUCGAACCACCCCGACUACGCCGCCCUCGCCGAGAGCUACGGAAUCGAGUUCCACCAUCUGCCCGUCACAAAAGACACCAAGGCGCAACAAGAAGGCCAGAUCCUCGAUCUCUGCAAGAAGCACGGCAUCGAGCUCAUUGUCCUCGCCCGCUACAUGCAGGUCUUGUCUCCGACGCUCUGCGAAGCCAUGUCCGGCCGCAUCAUCAACAUCCACCACAGUUUCCUGCCUUCAUUCAAGGGCGCCAAGCCUUACCACCAGGCCUACGAGCGCGGUGUCAAGAUUAUCGGAGCUACUGCUCACUUUGUCACUGCUGAUCUGGACGAGGGUCCUAUUAUCGAGCAGCGGGUUGCUCGUGUUGAUCACAGCAUGAACCCUAAGGAGCUGUCUGAGGAGGGAUCUAAUGUUGAGAGCCAAGUUCUUGCUGCUGCUGUGCGGUGGUAUGCUGAGAGGAGGUUGUUCCUCAACGGACACAAGACUGUAGUCUUUAAUUAAUAAAAGCUUGAUUUGACUGUACAA